AACGUUUAAAAUCAUGUCGGCUUACGAUCAAUUUGAGAAACUAUUUUGUGGAGAAUGGAAAUUCGUAAAAGCUGAAAAUGCAGAGGAAUAUUGCAACAACGCAAAGAUGUCUUAGGAGGAAAAGCAGGUGACCAUGACGAUCCAUCCUGACAUUCUGUACAAGCGGGAGGGGGACUCAAUCGUGCAGACGUACCGCCUCGCCCCUGGGGUCGAGUUCUCCAACACCAUCAAGUUCGGCACUGAAUACGAGUCCAGGGACACCACUGAGCCGCCCCGAUGGCACAACAAGGCGAUGCCAUCGUUCACCGAGGGCGCGUUUAAGCAAGAGGUUUAUCCCCAGUUGCCCGGAAAGUGUAAAUUGGAAGUGGAGGGAAAUAUCGAGGGGGGCUGCAUGGUCGUGGCCACGUGGGUAAUGGGUGAUCCAAGCGUCAAGGGGAAGAAUUACUACAAGAAAGCAUAAAUGCCGGACUUGAAUUGCACGCGCACCUGCUGAAGAGAUUGGACAACACGCGCCUGGGCCAGAUUUUACAAAAAAAACUUAAUUCAUUUCUCAAUCUCAACUCAUUUUACCACAUAACAUAUUAAUUGAUACAAAAUCAUAUAUGUUUUUAAUCAUUUUAAAAUCGCAUCCUCGUACAAAAUGUGUUGAUUAAAAACUAUUUCAUUUUAAGUUUCAUUUUAAGUUUUUAUCAAAGAAGUAUUAUUCUACAGCAAAACAUGUCAUUGAGCACAACUCAUUGUUUUUGAGCAAUAAACGGCAACUUACAACUGAAG